UUUUGCUGCCUCGAUGCCGCGUCUGCUGGCUAGGUUUUGGCGAUGGCGCGUUCUUCGACCGAUCGGAGGGCGGGAGCGCUGGGAGAUUUCGAUGCGCUCCCGGAUGAGCUGCUGUGCUCGGUGCUUGGAUUGCUGGAGCCGCGCGACAUUGGCGCCAUGGCGUGUGUUAGCAGUGUGUUCUAUGUACUGUGCAAUGAGGAGCCGCUGUGGAUGCGGAUUUGCCUGUCGAACCGAGAGCGCGUCGAUUCUCUCGUUUACAAGGGCUCUUGGAAGAGGACUGCUAUGAAAAACAAAACUGGAAAACUCAAUGGCAAAAUCGAGCAGCUACAAUUCAAUGGUUUCACCUCCUUAUACCUUUAUCGAAGGUGGUAUCGGUGCCAUAUGUCGCUCGAGAAUUUCUUCUACGACGCUGGAGCUAUUGAAAGACGGAAGGAACUCUCCUAUGAUGUCUUUGUACAAAACUACGAUGUUCAGAAACCUGUUCUCUUGACUGAUCUGGCUGAGGACUGGCCUGCGAGACGAACUUGGACGAUAGACCAACUUGUCCAUCGCUACGGUGACUCCGAGUUCAAAGUUUCUCAAUCAUACGGGCAAAGGAUACGCAUGACGCUGAAAGAUUAUGCUGAUUAUACGAGGUCCCAACAUGAUGAAGAUCCGCUGUAUAUAUUUGACUCUUCUUUCGGUGAAUCUACUCCGGGUCUCCUAGAAGAUUAUACAGUACCAUAUUUGUUCAAGGAAGAUUUAUUCUCCGUUCUAAGUCCAUCGCAGCGUCCACCAUACAGGUGGCUUGUUAUUGGUCCCUCUAGAUCGGGUGCUAAUUGGCACGUCGACCCUGCUCUUACAAGCGCCUGGAACGCACUUUUAUCUGGGAGAAAGAGAUGGGCAUUUUAUCCUCCUGGGAGAGUACCACCCGGUGUGUUCGUUGAUGUGAACGAAGACGACGGAGAAAUUCAUUAUGAUGGUCCAACAUCUCUUCAGGUACAUGGAACUUGUUACGGAUUGUGUUUACAGCGUUUUCUGCAGUGGUGGAUGGAUGUUUAUCCUUCUCUGGAUAACGACAGCAAGCCUUUGGAGUGCACACAACAUCCCGGGGAGACGAUCUUUGUUCCCAGUGGCUGGUGGCAUUGCGUGCUGAAUAUCGACGAGACAGUUGCCGUCACGCAAAACUUUGUGAACAGCAGGAACAUGGAGCUUGUAUGCAUCGACAUGGCGCCGGGGUUUCAUCACAGAGGUGUUGCUCGUGCUGGUCUUUUGGCAUUGGACGAUGAUGAGUUUGAAGGCGAACAUGAUUUUACAAAUCCAGAGUUUCUGAAGAAACACAUAGGCCCGCACCCUGAUCACUUUUUAUCCGAAACCAGCGCCGAUGGAAUGCUGAACAAAAGAGAUUUCCGUGACUGGCUUCGAAAACUUCAAGUUGAGAGGCCUGAUUUAAGACAUCAAAUUUGGAAGUGUGCUUGUCUAGCUAUCGAUGCAGAUACAUGGCAAAGAAGAUUAAGCAGCAUCUGCAAUGCGCACGACUUCUAUUUCAAGGAAGAUCAGCACAUUCCUGUUGGUCAUGGCAGUAGCCCGGUUUACCUGCUUGAUGAGUAUGCAAUCAAGAUUUAUAUACACGAGGACGGAAUUGUCACUGCCUUGCAAGAGAUUGACCACGAGCUCCAAUUUUAUGCUUUACUUCGAGAAAGCGCAUCGCCCUUGGCUGAACAUGUUCCGGCUGUUAUUGCCAAAGGCAUUGUUUACGAAGAAGGUGAACUUUUCAGAGCAGUUCCUUCUGUCGACAGUGGUGAAAUACUUUCAACUGGAAUGUCUAUGGUAAGCUCCAAAGACAGCCGAGCAUUUUGGCCAUACAUUGUCACAAGGCGAUGCCCGGGACAAAACUUAGCUCAUUGUCGAGGCAUGAUGAAGGACGAUGAUUACAUUGAUCUAGCAUCUUUUCUUGGCUGUCAAUUACGGCACCUUCACACACUGUCGCUUCCGAUGAAGGAAGAGCCCGUCCUCGGUAUGCCCGACGUACCGCAAGAAUGGACACACUUUGUGAGCAUGCUUAGGCAGCAUCGGCAAACACUUGCGAAACGUCUCAAGGAGUGGGGCUCGGUGCCGCGGCAUUUGCUAGAAAAAGUCGAGGAUUACGUCCCCAAGGAUCCUGUCGUGCUUAUAGGCGUUGCGAAGGUUGAGAAUGGCGCCGCUGUGCCGUCGCGCAGCGCGGCUUGGCUUCACAUGGACAUUAUGGAAGACAACAUCCAGAUGGUCCCUCACGCCAGUUUGGACGGCUUCCAAAACGAUAGACGAGCGAUGCAGGCGAGAUACAUCUUCGACUUCGGCGACCUCCGACGCGGGGAUCCCCUCUACGAGCUGGUCCCGCUGUUCACGGACGUCCUGGAGGCCAAUGUGGAGCUCCUGGAGCACUUUCUCGAGUCCUACAAGCUCGACCUCGCGGUGGAGGGCGUGCGAACUUCGUAUCGAGCAAUGUGCUAUUGUUUACUGUACAAAUACGACGCAAUGGAGGCCAUAUUCCGUGGCAGCAAAGAGCUGCGCAUGGUGGAAUCAUGGCAUGAGCUGGAGCUCAUUCUCUGGGGCAUGCUCAACGAAUAGACAAAGGCCGUGCUCGUGGGGACCAUGGAAGUCGUGUGUGUGGGGUGACGUCAGCGGCACACGUGGAGUGACGCGUGGCGGGGUUGGGGUUUAAGCACCAGACAAUCACAAGACAACGCAGCUUUUAAGAAGAGAAAACGAGACCCCGUUCCAUCCAAUCCACCAUCGAGGAAGAGGGAGGAAAGACAUCUCCGGCAUGGACUAAUAUAUAUAUAUAUGUAUAGAUAUCAAAGAUGGAGCUAUCAAUCACCAGUGGCACCACCGAACAAUGACACACGAAGAGAGGAAGAAGAAAAAUAAACAUUGAUAUCAAGAGCAAAGAUUGCACAGCUCUUUGAAGUGGACACGGGCCAAUCCAAGCAAUUUGCUGACCUCUCUAGAACUGUGGAGGUGGUGGAGGUGGUGGAGGUGGUGGUGGUGGUGGUGCUGGGCUCCAAAGUCCAGACUCUCCAGACUCUCCAGAGAAGGAGGGAGGGAGAGAGAUAGAGGAGGUCCCAUCUCUGCAAGCGAAAAAUCUUCACGAA